AUGGAGAGAGGCGCCAAGAGAGAGGGGAGAGGCGAGGACGGAGCCGACGAGGAACGCGAUGGGAAGCGUCGGCGCAGUGCCACCUCGAGUUUGUCUUCUCGUGACCACCACGCUCCCCCUCCAUCAGCCGCAGUUCAUGUCCCGAGCAAACGACUUCUUCUUCGCCAAGUUCAGCCAACUUCGCGUUCGUUUCUGCAGUGCACAGUCGCAGGCGAGUCUCCGGAGACAAGCGCUGCGUGCGUGCUGCCGCCCUUCGCGUCGAGUGCAUGCGUUGCCUCGCCCGCCUCGGCUUCUUCGGUUUCCUCCUCGCCCGCCUCGAGUCUGUCUCUUGCAGCGCGUCGCCAGCACGGCGGAGCCGGGGCCGGGGUUCCAGGCAGGGAGAGGAGGCGCGAGAAGAAGCGCGAGCGCGGGAAGGGUGCAAAAGAGAGACUCGAGACCGACGGCGAUGGAUCGAACCUGCGCGCGGAAGCGCGGCGCCUCGGUCUCUCUCUGCGAAACGAAUUCGCCGAACAUACCUUCGACCCUCGGUACUCCUCGAACGUGCGUCUCUCCCCCGACAGGCUCAGCGCAACAGGGAACAAGAACUGGGGCACGAGCCUCGCUCGAUGUUGCUGUCGACAAGGGUCAUGGUACUUCGAAGUCACCAUUGGAACCUCCCCCUCUCUCCGUGUUUCUUCCUUCUCUCGCGAGACCGGUUCCGUGGCAGGAGCCGAGGGGGACGAGAAGGAAGAGGAAGCGCAUCUGUCUCACCCGCCUGGCCUUCGCUCUAAAAUCGAGGCCUUCGCGUCCUCUCCAGCGGGAGGGCGCGACGGGCCCGACGACGAAGACGAACAAGAGAAUUCAGUUCCUCGAGAACGCCGGAAACGUGAGAGAGCAAACGGAGAGACGGAAGCACCAGACAGACGCGAAGCGGAAGAGGAAGAGUUUUCCACGCAGCAUGCCGCGAAGCACUCUAGCCGCCAAAAGAGAAAGGCCGAGAAGGACGAGAAGAAAGCGAAAGCUGGAGGCGAACCUCUCGCGUUUCCCGUCGCCGGAUGGGGGCCUUGUCGAACGCUAAAGAACGUUCGCGAAGACCAUCCCGAGAGUUUCUUGUCGGACGGCGUGGACAGCGUCGCUCCCUGCGUGCGCGUCGGCUGGGGAUCGCGUCUCUCGAGUUUCCUCGCGCCGAUCGGAGCGAAUCGUUUCGGCUACGCUCUCUCCUCCUUUUCGCCGCACACCCGCCCGGGCUGUCGCGACACCGCAGACGGCGCGGGCUUCUCGCCGCGAGGAAAGAGUCCUCUCUUUGUCAUCCAGGCGGGAAAGCGGAGGGCCCUCAGGCGAGGGUUUCCCCUUCCGGCUUCCGGAGACGCCCACGUCAGUUUGCUGUCGAGAGAGGUGAAGGACGGGGAAGGCGAAACAGAGAGAAACGCGGGCUGCGAAAACGAGGACGCAGUCGCGCGCUUUCGUGGGGGUGAGAACGCCCGCCUCCCUCUCUCAGCCGAAAGGACGACCGACGGAGACAGGGACACAACCAGGGACAGGGCAUGCACCACCGCAUGCCGGAGCGAAGGGCGCGAGAAGAAAAGGCACCGGAACGCGAGCGGAGAGGAAGAAGACAGAGGGAACGAAGAGACACUGGAGGAGGGAAAAGCGACGGGAAGCGAGGAAGGACAAAAAAAAGAGACAGCGCCGUCGUGGGAAGAAGUGCAAGACAGACUCCAGGAAGGAGACGUUGUGGGAUGUUACAUUCAUCUGCCUGGGGAAGAGCCGCCGGCUAUCCUCGAUGAUCCUCGAGGCCUCGCACAGCUGUGGACGUUUCUCCAGCAAGGUUUGCUGUGCGACGUGACCAAUGACUCGACGCUGCCGCGCGCGGUGCCCUACCCGAACUCGUUCAUCUCGUUCUCCGUGAACGGGCUGCUCUUUCCUCGUUGCUUCCACGACGUCUGCACUGCAGAGUUUCAUCCCGCCGUCUCGCUGUUCAACGGCGCCUCGGCCGCGCUCAAUCUCGGGCCGAACUUCCAGUUCCUCAGCCCCGCGGAGCGCCGCGUGUUCCGGCCGGCGUGCGAGAUGGGCGUCUCGAUGUAUCCGCUGAAAGUGGAUUUGGUCAAGUUCUGGCUGCUCUCGUCCCAGUCGGAAAUCGUCGUCGACCAGGAGUACCAGUGUACGUACCGCCGGCAGCGCACCCUCGCAGAGGUGGACGGGGACUGGGACCGAGCGCGGACCUUCGCGCGAAUGGCGGCGACCUCGGGCCGCCUCGAAUUCUCGACUCGAGAGGAGAGAAGAGAGGAGAAAACAGAGGCGAGAAGGGAGGAGGGAAAGGAGGAGAAAAAGCAGACGGAAGUGAACGGCGAGCAGGCUCUGGCCACAACCGUGGACGUGGAAAUCGCAAACGACGCGACCCGUCGACACGUAGCAGACGGGCUUGGACGCGUCACUUCGCACGCGGAAACUGAGCGACAGCCGAGAGAAGGAAACGCGGGAGAUCGGAACGCGUCGAGGGCGCAUGCAGACGCGUCUCGCGUUUCUGCCUCGAUCGCUCCGUCUUCAGACGACGUCUCGUCUCCAAUCUCGCUCUCUUUCCAAUCGUCCAACGCUGCCUCCGCGCCCUCCUCCCCUUCCCUCGCCUCCCCACCCUCCACUCUCUCUUCACCCUCCGGCCUCCUGUCAUCCUAG